CACUCCGUUACCGGGAAUAUUUCUAUCUAACGUGCGAUCGCUGUGCAAUAAACUGGACGAACUCCAGCUACUGGUGGAGAAAAACAGAGACUUUUCAACAUCUUCCGUUUUGUGCUUCACGGAAACUUGGCUGUGUGGAGGUAUUUGUUUUUAUACAAACAGUGGCUGGUGUAAAGAUGUUACAGUGAUUAUGCAGCACUGUUCUCCUGUUCUGGAAACUUUUUUCAUCAACUGCAAACCCUUCUACUCCCCCCGCGAGUUCGCUUCAUUCAUUCUGGUCGGUGUUUACAUUCCACCGCAAGCCCUCGUGCAGGAGGCACAGCGUAUGCUCGCCGACCAGAUACUGUGUGUGGAGCGGACAAACUCGGACUCUUUCGUUAUCGUCCUCGGCGACUUUAACAAAGGGAAUCUCAGCCACGAACUGCCUAAAUACCACCAGUUGAUUAAAUGCCCGACCAGAGAGGAGAACACUUUAGAUCACUGCUACAGUACAAUCAACCAUGCCUAUCACGCCAUCCCCCGCGCUGCACUGGGACACUCUGACCACAUCAUAGUCCACCUGAUUCCUGCAUACAGGCAGAAAUUAAAACUCUGCAAACCUGUUGUGAGGACAUCUAAGAAGUGGACCAGUGAAGCUAUGGAGGAUCUUCGCACAUGCUUGGACUGUACUGACUGGGAUGUUUUCAGGACUGCUACCAUCAGUCUGGAUGAGUACACAGAGGCUGUGACAUCAUACAUCAGCUUCUGUGAGGACAGCUGUGUACCAUCACGCACCAGGGUUAUCUACAACAACGACAAACCCUGGUUUACAGCUAAACUCAGACAGCUAAGGCUGGCAAAGGAGGAAGCAUUUAGGAGUGGGGACAAGGACCGGUUUAAAGAGUCUAAAUACAGGUUUAGCAAGGCGGUGAGAGAUGCUAAACGACUGUACUCUGAGAAACUCCAACAGCAGUUCUCAGAAAACAACUCGGCCUCUGUUUGGAAGGGCCUCAGACAGAUCACCAACUACAAACCGAAAGCCCCCCACUCCACUAAUGACUAG